UCACACAGAUCAGAUCACAAUGAGUUUUGAAGAGCGAAUUCAAAAAAGGCACCCCUGGGUAGAGCAAUGUUUUACUAAACAGGCCAAUUUUCGAGUACAGUGUCGAGAACCAUCUUGCAAAAAAAUCUAUAAAUACGUGAAAAGUAACAAAUAUCUUGAAAUUGAAAAACACAUAAAAAGAAAGCAUCCAGAUAUUUAUCAGCAUGAAAAGAAUAAGAGCGAAAGCGAAACCUGGAAAUACUUUAGGCUAACAAAAGAAAAAAACAAAGCAUGUAUUAUAUGUGAUAUAUGUGAUAGAAUUCAAUUUUCACAAAAUGAAAACUUAUUGCAACAUGUAAAAAAGCAUUCAAAAUUAGAACGAGAUCUAGGACGUCAAAAAGAACAAUGGGGUUGGAAAUAUUUGGAAAAAAAGGACGAUUUUUCUGCUACAUGUAAGCUUUGUACAAAUAAUACAAAAAGAGAAUUUACUGUAGACAUUAAUCACAUGAAAGAGCACAUCUUAAACAAACAUGAAGAAAAGAAGCACUUAAUAGAUCCACGAUAUAAACAAUCUUGGGAAUUUCAAAUUGAAAACAACUAUUGGUUGAUUAAAUGUUAUAGAAAGCCGGUGGAUUUUCUAACAAAAUGUAAAUUUUGCAACAAAGAAUUUGCAUAUGUCCACUAUACAAACGCUCAGAAACAUAUGAAGGAUACACAUGAACUAAUUUACGAAAUUGAAAUGUCGAAAAUGAAAGAAGGUAACAUAGACUGGCAAUAUUUAAGGUAUACGGAUGAACAAUUAAAAAAAAUACAAUGUAUGAUAUGUUGUAAAACUAUGCCAAAUAUACGCGAAGCAAAAAGUCAUGUACAAGAUGAUAUUAAACGCGGUCUAAGACUAAGUACAAAAAAAAAUUGGGCUUUUAAAUACGCAAGACAAAACGCAGAUAAUGUGACAUGUACGAUUUGUGAAGAAAAUGUAACAAUUAGGGCAAGAAUUAUUGAAUUAAAAAAACAUGCAGAUACACAUGAAAAAUAUAUGGAAAAAAUAGCCGAAGAAAACCUAUUAUGGGGUACAAUAAUAAGGACUGUACAAUGGAUCUGGUUGAAAAAAUGUUAUAUAAAUGUUGAAAAUUUUCGAGCACAAUGUAAAUUUUGCGAACACAAAAUACCAUAUAUCACACAUACACAAUUUUUGGAACACAUAAAGAACAAGCAUACUGCUCUUCACUCGCUUGAAAAAGAAAAAAUUUUACCUGAUAUCUUCGACGAACAUCAGUGGAAUUAUAUAAGGUAUAUAGAUGGUUUAAUAUUAGAUGAAAAAAAUCUAGAAUGCAUCAUAUGUGAAAAAAAAGACGAACUACCUCACACAAAUCAUUUUCCACAUGAGCUGAAAUUCGUUUCUCAUUGGGCACUAAAAUACGCGAGACAAAAUGUAAAAGUUGCAAAUUGUACUUUAUGUAAAAAUGAAGUAAACUUUGAAUGGGCCCCGGAAAAUUUAGAAAACCACAUAACAUCUGUACAUCCAAAGGAGCGGGAAAAAAUACGUCAAAUAGAUUUGGUACAAAGAACAGUACACGACCAAGCUACACCGUCGACGAGCUACGCAAGUUGAAAGAAAAACGAUCAUUUAUCUACAUUGGACAAUGGAAAUGAUGGUAGCGACAUUUUCAAGUAGCAUCUCAUGACCAGCGAUAACGACAGUCUUGACUUUGACUUAAGUGAUUUGAAAUACAUGAAGACAUUGGAGUAUAACUUGACUUAUUUGUCGCAUAUCGGUUUUGUGUUUAUAAAUGUACAAGAUUUGAAAAUUUAAAUACAUAUAUAUUUAUAAAUUUAUAACAACAAAAUUGUUAAAAUUUAUUAAAUUAUAUACACAAUUAUAGAUAUUACUUUAAAACUUAGAUAUCCUUCAUAUUAUGCUUUAAAAUACAAAUAACUGUG